GCAGCCGAGCCCGGGCGGGACGCUUGGCCGCGGCGAGGGGGCCGAGCAGGCGAGCCCGGCUCCGAGGUUGCUCUUGGCGCCCGAGGAUCGGUCUUGGACCCCCAGAGUGCGACGCACACAUCCACAUCACCCGAGGACCAUGGAUGCUGAUGAGGGUCAAGACAUGUCCCAGGUUUCAGGGAAGGAAAGCCCCCCGGUGAGUGACACCCCCGACGAUGGCGAUGAACCCAUGCCUGUCCCUGAAGACCUUUCCACCACGUCUGGAGGCCAGCAGAGCUCCAAGGGUGACAGAGGACUGGCUGGUAAUGUUAAAGUAGAGACUCAGAGUGAUGAAGAGAAUGGGCGUGCCUGUGAAGUGAAUGGGGAAGAGUGUGCGGAGGACUUACGGAUGCUCGAUGCCUCCGGAGAGAAAAUGAAUGGCUCCCACGGUGUCCAAGGCAGCAGAGCUUUGUCAGGAGCUGGGGGCAUUCGACUUCCUAACGGCAAACUAAAGUGUGAUGUCUGUGGGAUAAUUUGCAUCGGCCCCAAUGUGCUCACGGUGCACAAAAGAAGCCACACUGGAGAGCGGCCUUUCCAGUGCAACCAGUGCGGGGCCUCCUUCACGCAGAAGGGCAACCUGCUCCGCCACAUCAAGCUUCACUCAGGCGAGAAGCCCUUCAAGUGCCACCUCUGCAACUACGCAUGUCGCCGGCGGGAUGCCCUCACCGGCCACCUGAGGACGCACUCCGUUGGUAAGCCUCACAAAUGUGGAUAUUGUGGCCGAAGCUAUAAACAGCGAAGCUCUUUAGAGGAACACAAAGAGCGCUGCCACAACUACUUGCAAAGCAUGGGCCUUCCAGGCACACUGUACCCAGUCAUUAAAGAAGAAACUAAUCACAGUGAAAUGGCAGAAGACCUGUGCAAGAUGGGAUCGGAGCGCUCGCUCGUGCUGGACAGACUAGCAAGUAACGUCGCCAAACGUAAGAGCUCUAUGCCUCAGAAAUUUGUUGGGGACAAGUGCCUGUCGGACCUGCCCUACGACGGCAGCGCCAGCUACGAGAAGGAGAACGAGAUGAUGCAGACGCACGUGAUGGACCAGGCCAUCAACAACGCCAUCAGCUACCUGGGGGCCGAGUCCCUGCGCCCCCUGGUGCAGACGCCCCCGGGCAGCUCCGACGUGGUCCCGGUGCUCAGCCCCAUGUACCACCUCCACAAGCCCCACGCCGAGGGCCCCGCGCGCUCCAACCACUCGGCCCAGGACGGCGCCGUGGAGAACCUGCUGCUGCUCUCCAAGGCCAAGUCCGCGUCCUCCGAGCGCGAGGCGUCGCCGAGCAACAGCUGCCAGGACUCCACGGACACCGAGAGCAACACGGAGGAGCAGCGGGGCGGCCUCAUCUACCUGACCAACCACUUCACCCCUCACGCGCGCAACGGCCUGUCCAUCAAGGAGGAGCACGCGGCCUACGACGUGCUGCGCGCCGCCUCCGAGGGCCCCGCGGACGCGCUGCGCGUGAUCGGCACGAGCGGGGAGCCCCUCAAGGUGUACAGGUGCGAACACUGUCGCGUGCUCUUCCUGGACCACGUCAUGUACACCAUCCACAUGGGCUGCCACGGCUUCCGAGAUCCCUUCGAGUGCAACAUGUGCGGCUACCACAGCCAGGACCGCUACGAGUUCUCGUCCCACAUCACACGGGGGGAGCACCGCUUCCACAUGAGCUAAAGCACCCCCCCACCCCCACCCGCGGACCGCGCCCCGCCCCCAGGAAGAGCAUCCAGGACCCGCGCCAGCCCCUGCGCGGGCAGCCGGGAUGGACCGACUGCUGUGCUUUGACCUCUAGGUCGUGUUUCGUUUUGU